CCCCUCCCGAUUGCGCAGAAAAAUCUGGAGGCUUGCCAGCCUGCUGAUGCCGUGUCAGAGGAAAAGCUUCCAUGUUCGCCAACGCCAGGAACAUUCAAGAGCGAGCUGGCAAGAGGGGAACUGCCUUGGUGAACGCCAUUGGGAAGGAAAGGAACGUGCUUUUGAUCUCAGGGCGAAACAUUCUCAGCGACCGCAAAGGAGCAGCAGGCCGGCAGUCCAAGAGUAAAAGCUGAUUAUACUUCGUGCUGUGUGCGAACCCUAGUUUGCUUUCCGUAGACUUGGGGAUGCUGCUAAGGGGCUGUGGGAAGGAAGUGAUGUGGAUCUAAAUCCUAAUCGGGAUCUUGUUCUCUGUAACGAUGUGUCUGUAAGCGGAGGCAAAGUGCGCUUCAUCGGGAGCUAUGGCCCAAGGAAUUGCUUGGUCAGUAGCUUAGGCAAACCAGAUGGUCCGGUAAACUCCAAAAAGGUUAUCACUGAGGGCCGCAAUGGCCUUGUCUGUGAUCUAGAGCUUCCUAGUGGGAAAAGACGGUUUGUAGAAUGAGCUGCAGGGGACCCUCGGAGACGGGGCUCCCUCCCCAUAAGCCCAAGUGCCUCUAUGAGGUCUUGGGGCUGUCCAAAAAUGCGUCGGUGCACGAUAUUAGGGUUGCCUACAAGACCCUUGCAAAGAAGUGGCAUCCUGAUCGGUGUCAGGCGAAGGAGAGGGUGGAGCUGGCCAAGCAGAAAUUUCAGAGAAUUAGCGAGGCAUAUGCAGUCUUGGUGGAUCCCAAGAAAAGAGAGAAGUAUGACAGGGGGGAGCUGGACCACAACAAGGAACCCAUCGACGUUGAGGAGUUCCUGAACGAGCUGCGCACCCUCAUGCUGAUGCACGGCAAGACGUUCCCCGAGGGCAUUAAAGCGUCGACGAUCCACAACAUCCCGGGCACAAACGUCCCCGACUUCAACGAGAUUCGGACGAAGCUGAUGGCAGACCCUGUGCUUCAGGCACAGCACAGAAGGGAGUUGGAGCUAGAGGCACAGCAGGGGUUGCAGGGAAAUGGAUGUGGAUUCAUGCCGGUGGCGAAUGCGGGGGGGGCGAUGCAGAGUUUGGGGGGGCAGGAAGAUGUGGAAAUGGAGGCGGUUCCAGCUGGGGGGGGGGCAGUGGAUCAUUGGGACGCGUUCAUGGAGGACUCUGUGGAAGUGCUCGGCAAAAACUGGUUCCGUUGCACUCUGUGCACUGGGCCUCGCGUCCCGGUGGUCGUGUACCCGUGCCGGAAGAUGAUGCGCACGCACUUUGAGCAGGAGCACCUCUGCGACUUCCUCUCCUUUGUAGCGGAGGUAUUCCCCGAGGAGGGCGGUACCGACCCGUGCGAGGAGUUCAAGAAGAUGCUGGACGGCAUGAACGUGAGCGAGAACGACUGGAAGGUGUGCCAAAUGAUCGACCAGAGCGCCCGGCAAGCGCCGCCGCCCCACCGCCCCAACGGUUACACCCACGGCACGCACGGCCCGGGGCGGAUGCAGGCUUCUCCCCAAGUUCCGUACAGCCUCUCAUUUACGGACCUAGCGGGCAUCGACGCGUCGCCGCCGGUCCCGCUCAUGCAGCGCACGUUCACCAUGCAACGCUCCAUGCCCAACCCCCCCACCGAGUCGCUCUGCCCCGACUGGAUGGGCCAGGUACUCCAGCAGGCGGGGGGGUUGGGCCAAUGGGACUCCGCCACGUCAUCGUCGUCGUCCCCGUCGUCGUCCUUCUACCCGAGCCCGGGCGCGCAGGACGUGGGUUUCGGGGGGGGCUUCGCAGGUUUUACGAUGGGGGGUGAGUUCGGAGGGUUUCCGAACGGGGGGGCUGCAGCGAGCGGGGGGAAUGCUGGCGGGCGACCUCCUUUGAGCGGGGGGGCCGCGGUAAAGGGGGGAAAGUCGUCGGGGUCGUCGUGUAUACUAAGCCGCAAGUGGGGCAAGCGGUAAGGAGUUGUGUCAACAGGGGGUAAAGGGGAGGAGGGCGACUGUGAUUUGGCGGGUUACAUCUGUGGGCAGGAGCGGCAAGUUUGAGCGGCAAGUUUGACGGCGUCAUAGCAGGCAGUUGUCAGUUUUGGAACGGGAAGCCAUCUCGUGGGAAAAGCAUGUGCGGUGCGAUCUCAGCUUCGAGGAGUCGCAGGCAGGACUGUGAUGUUGCAUGCAGUCCUCGUCAAAUGAGUGGACAGCUCGAUGCGGGUCACCAAGUCGGAACCUCCAACUCUUACAGCGUAUCUUAUCGAACAAGGCGCGGCUCUUGUGAUUGCCUCCCGAGAACCGGGUCUCAUCUGUCUAGAAAUUGGACGAUUUGGAAUCUGAUAUCUAGCGUAGCAUGGAGAUUGUGGAUACUUUACCUUGUAUUCGAUUAGCAAGCGCGGCCUAGGUUUAGUAGGUAUGGAGAGUCGGACCUGACAAGUCUGUGGUCAAAGUGCUUCCCAGCGUAUGUACAAUAGAUACUAAGCUCACACCAUUGGAACAUGAGACACCUUAAUCGAGUUGGGUUUGUCUGCAAGUCCACAAUGAGUUAUCACUCAGCUCAACCGCGUGCUCUUUUCACAGCUCAGCUCCAUCCCAGCGCGUCUGGAGUGCUCAACCCGAGGGCCGUCUCCAAGUGCCACCAACUGAUUUGCAUA